CAUGCGCAGAGUAAAAAUAAAAAGACAGCAAUCGGAGAAUUCAGAGAUGGCGGGCGCCUCCGACCCCCUGGAAGAUAUGCUCUUUUCCGAGGUGGAUGAGAAGGCUGUGAGCGACUUGGUGGGUUCACUGGAAUCUCAGCUAGCUGGCCAGAGCAACUCAACGGGCAAAACCGAUGAAAAUCGCAGCUCUGGCUCAGUUGCCCCCGCUAACCAUCACUUGGGGAAAACACUACCAGCUCCGGUGGGCUCCACAACACUAGAUCAACAACAACAAGGGCGCCGUUUUAAACCUGACGUGCGCCAGGAUUUAAACUCUACGGACAAUAAUUCGGAUAAAACUGUCACAGCACCUUCCCAGGGCUGCACCGCUGCCUCCGGUGAGCCCUCCGCCGCCACCGCUGCCUCCAGUAGCAGCGGCUCUCCAUCACAUGGCGCAUCCAUCACAACAUUACCCGCGUCCGGCGUGUCAACUUCCCCGCCGAACAGCAGCAUCAGCACCGCCGGCACCUACGGGCACCCAGCGAAGGUUUCCCUGGACUCAGGUGAGCCUCACCCAGACGCUUCGAAACGACGCCUCGCCGCCCCGCGUCGGUGCGCCUCGGCUCGGAUUAAGAGUUUGAACGGUGCCGCCGCGACCACCCGAGGGAACAGCAGCGGCAGCAGCCCAACCGAGGACGGUGACGGCAGCCCCGCGGACACCCGGCCGGCGAGUACCGCCGCCAUCAACACGUCGACGUUCACCCUCGCCAACGCCAGCAUCCCUGCCGGUCAGUCUGCCAUCGCCCUGGACCGGGGCACCCCCACCAUCGCUUUGCAAAGACUCCCCAGUCACAUCGUAGCCAGCAUCGCCCAGAACGGGACCAGCCUGUCGGCAUUAAGCCAGCAGGGUGCUCGGACUUCCCCUGUCACUUCGCCCACAUCUGCCACCUCCUCGCCACCUGCGCAGGAGAACCACACUAAACCCACCCCGGAACCCACAGUGGCACCCAGUGAAUGCCAAUCCAAACCUGUCACCACGAGCACUGUCAUUAACACUGUUUCCUCCGUUGCCAUGACAACAACACCCGCCGCCAGCACUAUUGCAGUAACUCAACCUUUAACCACCACAGCUACUACCACCACCACCACGACCACCAUUGCGGCCACCUCAGCGACAACGAGCUGCGUCGGUGGUCAGACCACAUCGGUGACCGCUACAAUCAGCGCGGUCCGGCCCACCAUCGCAGCCCCCGUCACCCCCGCCGUACCUCCUGCACCCUCGCCAACCACGCAGGUCGCGGCCCGACCCGGUCUGGCUGCUCCACAGAGGAUCGUAGCACCACAGCUUAUUGUCAGACCUCCUCAGCAGCAGACCACCAUUCAACUUCCCCCUGGGUUCACCAUACCAUCUGGUAUGGUGCUGGUACGGACUGAGCUGGGCCAGCUGGUGUUGGUUCCUCAGCAAGCUUUGGCUCAAGCUCAGGCACAGGCUCAGGCGCAAGCUCAGGGUCAGGCCCAGAAUAACAUCUCGCCGCGGCCUGCCACUCCGACCACGGGAGCAUCCUUCAGAGUAACCACGCCUCAGUCUCCAGCAACCUCUCAGGCCACCAGGCAGUGUGCUCUGACUCCAGCCAAGGUGGCACCGUCUCCUUCUCCUGUUCCUUCCAGUCCUGCCCUGCAGACCACCUCCUCUUCUUCUUCUUCUUCCUCUUCUUCCUUUGCUACCUCCUGUCCCGCGCUGCGCCCAAAGGGCCCCGUGGCGCCGGCUGUGGCGGUGACGGCUUCGCAGACCCCCGUGGUUCCGACACCCCAGGCGCCGCCGGUCCAGGUCGCCUCACAUCCCCCGCAGACGACGGGCAUCACCGCCGCCCCUGGAGCUACUGUCGUAUCCCAGGAAAUGCAGGAGAAUGUAAAGAAGUGUAAAAACUUCUUGGCCACUCUCAUUAAGCUUGCAUCGCACAAUUCUCCGUCGCCUGAGACCUCCAAGAACGUCAAAGCUCUGGUGCAAGACCUGCUGGAUGCCAAGAUUGAGCCAGAGGAGUUCACGAGCCGGCUGCAAACUGAGCUCAAGUCGUCCCCUCAGCCUUACCUGGUGCCCUUUCUUAAGAAGAGCCUCCCGGCCCUGCGUCUGUCUUUGCUAAACAGUCAGCAGUCCCUGAUCCAGCCGCCACAGCAGGGCAUCAAACCAGUGGUGUCUGUCGCAAGUGGGCCAACCGUCCACAUACGCCACCCGAACAGCAUCGGUGCCACCACAGGUGCCAGUGCACUGCCCGCUGGUACAGUGGGCCAUGGUGCCACUGCGGGUAUGAAGACCACAGGACCCGUGGGCGGACAAGUCCGGGUGCCUGUGAUGAUCACGCAGUCCAUGAGAACUCAAGGCACGAUGGGUAAGGUAGGCACCUUCCAAGCAGGCAGAAGUCCAGUGGGCAUGGCUGUUCAGAUCCCCGGCAAUCAAAAAAACAAGCUCAACGACCCCGGAGGAGGCUCUUUCAGAGAUGACGACGACAUCAACGACGUGGCCUCAAUGGCGGGGGUCAACCUGAACGAGGAGAGCGCCCGUAUACUCGCCACGAACUCCGAGCUGGUCGGCACGCAGAUCCGCUCGUGCAAGGAUGAAGCCUUCAUGCACCCCGGGCUGCUCCACCGACGCAUCCUGGAAACAGCAAAGCGCUUUGGCGUCAUGGACGUACCCAUGGAAGUGGUGACAUUCAUCUCGCACGCGGCACAGUCACGACUCCGCACCGUUGUGGAAAAGGUUUCAGCCAUAGCGCAGCACAGACUGGACUCCUGCAAGGACGACGAGUGCUACGAGCAAUCGGGCGACGUGCGCUCUCAGCUGCGCUUCUUCGAGCAACUAGAGAGGAUGGAGAAGGCGAGAAAGGACGAGCAGGAGAGAGAGAUCCUCUUGAAAGCCGCCAAGAGCCGCUCGAGGCAAGAGGACCCAGAGCAAGCUCGACUGAAACAGAAAGCCAAGGAGAUGCAGCAACAGGAACUUGCCCAGAUGAGGCAACGGGACGCUAACCUCACGGCGCUAGCGGCAAUUGGACCCCGCAAAAAACGCAAAGUGGACUCGCCGGGGGCCACGCCAUCAGGGACUGAGCUGUCGGGCAGCGCGGCGGGCUCUCCGGCCGGCUCGUCAUCGGCGGCUACCCCCACGUCUCGCCAGUACACCCGUCAGCGCAUCACCCGCGUCAACCUCAGGGACUUCAUCUUCUACUUGGAGCAGGAGCCAAACGCGGCCCGUUCAUUGCUGCUCUACCGCGCCCUCCUCAAGUAGCCUCCUCUUCCUCCUCCAGCCUCGUGCCUUCAGAUCAGGUGUCACGCUCGUCGUCGCUCGCAUUUUCACAAGAGAGCCGGAAAAAACUCUCACGGAAAAAAAACACUCGAUUAUGUCUUUGCCGUCUUGUUGUGUCGUGAUCAUGUUUGAAAGCCACAUUUUUAACUUUUUAACAGCCAAUCAAGUCCAAAUAAGGCUCGUUCUAGAGAUUUCAACCACACAUUUGUACAUUUCCUUCACCGUACAUGUAAAUAGUUCUGUUACAUUUCAUCGUUUUUAAGUUCUUAGCGCAACAAAGUGAAUCAGCAAUGCGAGUAAGUUGGAUGAAAGUGAAUAUUUUCUACCACGGCUCUGUUUUACCAUGAGAAAAAUAGUUUUCUACUAAAAAGUGUCAUGUUAUAGGGAAUUAAAGGUUCGUUUUCAUGAGAGAGAAGUAUUUUAGAAGUAUUGUUCGGACUAUAAGUCGCACCAGCCAAAAAAAGCGCAAUGAAGAGACAAAAAAACCCACACAUAUAAGUCGCAUGUUUGGGGGGUAAUUUUUAAAAUAAAAUAAAAUAUAACAUCAAGAACAGACAUAUCAUCUUGAAAGGCAAUUUAAAAUAAGAAUUCAGUAGAGAACAACAGGCUGUAAAGUGUACAGUAUGCUAACCUUGCAGUUUAGUGUGAAAAUAACAUACGGCGGAAAACACAAACAAGACUGAAAAAGCAGUUUCUGCUCUCGCACCCCUCUUUAAAAGAAACUGCUGUAUUUUAAGCCAAAACAACUGUUGUGUUUGAUAGAACAAUAUGUCUAUAUGCUGCAAUCGCAGAUUCAUGGUGCAUUAAGCCCCCGAACUAUUUUUAAUUUGUCCGUUUUACCCUGAAAACCCCCGUUUACAGACGUCGCGCAACCGCUUUUGUUUCAACCUAGCCAUAAAUAGAAGGUAAGUAAUUAUAUUUAUUAUUCAAAAUGUCAUUUUUAGCUUAGAAUCAUUACUUGAUGUCUAAAAUUCAGUUUAAAAAAAAAAAAAAAAAACUUUAAAAAUUAUUCAUUCGUAUAUUUUAAACUUUUAAACAAAUUACGUCACAAUGAAAAAUUUGGCAUCUGUAAAAAAGUCACGGAUAUCUACCUCAUAACUAUCGCCUAAUUGUAUUUUUUUGUUCCUGUCGCAUUUUCCCCGAUAUGUUAGAUGGUAAAUAAUCGAUCCAAUGGAAAAUGGAAAAAUAACGUUUAAAAGGGUAACUAUAUGAAAAAGAAAAUCUCAACCACUCCGUGUUGUCUGCGAUUUCUGCAUAGCGACCAUUGUUUAAUCACCAUGUUUCACCCUUAAAAUUAAAAUAAAAAAAUCCGGCUGUGGCCAUUCACAGCUGUGUCUUGACACUCGGCGAUACAUGCUACAUGGAGUUUUUGGAUCGAAACAUGGUAUGUAUGCGAUAAUAUCUCGUUAAAAUCGUGGCAUCUUUAAUUCUGCUCUCGCCUCCAGAUAGGGUUUUGCUGUUUAAAAAAAAAAUAAUAAUAAUUGUUUUUUUAAAUGCCCUUUUGUUAAAAUGUUUUCUUCACCCCCAAAAAUUGAGAUUUUAAGCUCUCCAAUGAUAAAUCACACGUGCAUUUCGGACAAUUUUGAAAUUUGUCCAAAUUGGGGGUCUCAGAGCGAAACUUCAAGUCACCUGAGUGUUUUCCGCCAUAUGAAAUGAUAUGAUAAUGUGUUCAUAAUUGUUUAGGUCUUGAAAAAUCUGCGAUUUAUAGGUUAUAGGUCCAAAAAAACAUGGCGGGAAAAUAGUCGCGCUUGGUACCAAACGAUGCGGAAGAGUCAAGUUUACCAUACGAAAUGUCGUCAAAAUCGACCUAUGACAUUAGGUAUUUCAACUUGAGUAAAAGUCGCAUUUUGGGGGAACUUAUUUAAUAAAAUCCAACACCAAGAACAGAUAUGUCAUAUUGAAAGUCAAUUUUAAAUAAAAAAUAGAAUAGAGAACAACAGGCUGGAUAAGUGUACAGUAAGCUAACGUUGCGGUUUAGUGCGGAUAAAAAAACAUUUGAAAUUAUAUGAUCAUGUAAAUGUAAAUGUAAAUGAAUAAGUCUUGUAUAGGUCUCCUGACUUAUAGGUUAAAAAAAACAUGGCGGGGAAAAAAAGUCGUGCUUGGUACCAAAUGAUGCGGAAGUGUCAAUUUGCAGUAUGAAAUGUCAUCAAAAAUGACCUAUGGCCGUCCUAUCAAAGGUUAUUUCCACUUAAGUAAAAGUCGCAUUUUUGGGGAAAUUUAUUUAGUAAAAUCAAACUCCAGGAACAGACAUGUCAUAUUGAAAGGCUAUUUUAAAUAAAAAUAGCAUACAGAACAACAGGCUGAAUGGUGUACAGUAUGCUAAUGUGUUCCUAAUUGUAUAAAUCGUGUAUAAGUCGCACCUACGGCCAAACUAUGAAAAAAAAAAAAAGGCUUGUAGGUUAUAGGUACAAACAAACAUGGCAGGAAAAUAGCCGUGCUUGGUACCAAACGAUGCGGAAGGGUCAAGUUUACUGUACGAAAUGUCGUCAAAAAUGAUCUACCUCGUUCCUAUCAAAAGUUAUUUCAACUUGAGUAAAAGUCGCAUUUUGGGGGAAUUUAUUUAAUAAAAUCCAACAAUAAGAACAGACGUGUCAUCUUGAAAGAUAAUUUUAAAUAAAAAUAGAAGACAGAACAACAGACUGAAUCAGUGUACGGUAAGCUAACGUUGCGGUUUAGUGUGAACAAAAUCAUGUGGAAAUUAUAUAAUAAUGUGUUCAUAAUUGGAUAACAUAAGUCAUGUAUAAGUCGCACCCCUCGACCAAACUAUGAAAAAAAAACGCGACUUAUAGUCCGAAAAAUACGGUACAUUAUCGCUCAAAAACUGAGUACAUAGGCUACAUUAUGGCUUUCCAUGAAAAAUAGGCCUCUUUCCUAAUAGCAUUGCCACUUUUUAAAAUUUUCUGCUAAUCUUAUACAAUUUAUGUGAUAAUAUGUAAACCUAAAAUUGAAAAGAAAUUUUGUUUCAAUAACUUAUGAUUUUUUCCCCCCACUCUUAACAUCUAUCAAAAUAUUGUAUACUUUAAAAAAAAUAUUAAUGACGAAUGCACAAUUUCCUUCUCAAAAACAACAUUUCAAUAAUUUAUUAAAAAUUAUUUCUCCGUAUUGUAUAUCAAAACAGUCGGUUUUAAAGGAAAAAGUUGUACUUUUAUGACUUAAACGGUAAAUAUUUAAAGCAAAACUAUCUUUCCCUCUCCAAUAUAUACUAUAUGUUUCAAUUAUUUUUCUUAAAGAAAUACAAUUUUAUUUUUGAAGAAAUGUAACUUUUUGCCAUGAAAAAUGACUUUACCCGCCAAAACAUAACUUUAAUAAUUUAUUCACCAUGACUAAAAAUGAAUUAGCUCACCUAGUAGUAUUCCUUUUUUUUUAUUUUCAAGAAAAAGUAGUUUUAUGACAAAAAAAAUCAAUGUUACUUAUAUGUCACCUUUUGUUUUGAAGAAUUAUGUGUAUUUUUAACAGUAUUUUUAUAACAUUUCAACCAUAUUCUCGCAUAUAUUUUGCCAUUCAUUUCAGUGGCCUCUUUGUACACACCUGUUAGUAUUUGUUCCAAACGAGCUGGUUGCCGUAGUGACAAGUUCAACCCACGCAAUUUGUUUUUAUGACUGCAAAUGUCUGAAGAAUACACACAAAAAACGAGAAAAUGUUUGGUUUUAGUGCGUGCGAGUCAAGUGACGAAGGGGAUAGGCAUUCACGCUUGUCGUUACAUGCCGUUGGCUACGUUUACAUGGACAGAAUUUCCUUAAUCCGGUCGGUAGUCGGAUUGAAAUUAUGAUCGCUGUUUUCAUGGACAGUUGAAAUAUUUGGAUUUGCGUGUUCAUUUUACGUACGCUGAUUGAAGCCUGACGUCAUUAUGGUAAAUAUGGUUAGGAGCCAAGUUUUUUAAUAGGACUCAUUAUAAGCAUGCAUGAUUUCUUUUUUUAACUCAUUCACUCCCAGCCAUUUUCACCGGAGCAAGGCCCUUCGUUCCCGCCCGUUUUAUUGGAUUUUGACUGAUUUUGCAAGGCCCACAGAAAAUUCUUUUCUAUUGCUAUAUAAACAUGGAACCCACCAAAAGAAAGAUUAUACUCCCUUCUUUCAGCAGAAAAAAAAAGUUAGUUCAUAUCUUUUUCCAUUCUUUAGAAAUCAGCAUUAGAAAAUAGCUUAGUUUGAGCAAUUUUCCAAUUUCUGAUGAAAAAACAGAAAUUAAGCUUUUUGUAAACGCAUACAUUUCAAACAUAACUUUGACUUUAACACAGCUAUUUUUUGCUUUAGUUACAUCCCAAACAUUAGAAUAAUGUUUUCCUUUUACAAAAUAACAUAAAAAAACAAGACAAAUAGAGCUUUUGAUCGCAAAGUAACAAUUUAUUUACACAUAACUAACUGAGAGAUGACGCUGUUUCGUCAAAAUCAACCUACAACCUUCAUAGCUGAAGUUAGGUCCAAAAAUGCCGGAAAAAAAUCAGUGGGAAAAAAUCGUGCUUCGUACCAAACGAUGCGGAAUGGUCAACUUACGAAAUUUUGUCAAAAUUGACCUACGACCUUUCGAGCAGAAGUUAGGCCCCAAAACAGUGUGUGGGGGGGAAAUGGCGAAAAAAGAUGUGCUUGGUACCAAACAAUGCGAAAGGGUCAAGUUUACCGUUCAAAAUGUCGUCAAAAUCGACCUACGACCUUUUGUAGUGGGAAAAAGGUCCAAAAAAAUGGAAAUAAAUGGUGAAAAUAAGUUCUGCUUGGUACGAAAUGUUAGGUCAGGUUUACCACACGAAAUACCACCACCCUCCUAGCAAAAAUUAGGUUAAAAAUAACUGAAAAAAUGGCGGUAAAAAGUCGUGCAUGGUACCAAACGAUGCGGAAGGGUCAAGUUUACCGUACAAAAUUUUGUCAAAAUCGGCCUACAACCUUCCUAGCUAAAGUUAGGCCCCCCAAAAGUGGUGGGGAAAUGUCGGACAAAAAAAUUGUGCUUGGUACCGAACAAUGUGAGUGGGUCAAGUUUACUAUACAAAAUGUUGUCAAAAUUGACCUAUGACCUUCCUAGCGGAGAUUAGGUAAAAAAAAUAAAUACAUUAAUAAAAAAUUUAAAAACACGGGACAAAAUGGAGACAAAAGAUGUGCUUGGUGUGAGAGGGUCAAGUUUACCGUACGAAAUGUCGUCAAAAUCGACCUUUGACCUUUCGUAGUGGAAAAUACGUCCAAAAAAUGGAAAUAAAUGGUGAAAAAAAUGUUAUUUUUGGUACCAAAUAAGGAGAACGGGCUAAAUUUACCAAACAAAAUGUUGUCAAAAUCGACUUACAACCCUCCUAGCAAAAAUUAGGUUAAAAGAAACGGGAAAAAAUGGCAGAAAAUGGUCGUUCGUGGUACCAAAUGAAGCGGAAGGUUCAAGUUUACCAUACGAAAUGACGUCAAAAUCGACCUACAACCUUCCUAGCUAAAGUUAGGCCCCUAAAAAGUGGGGGAAAAUGUCGGACAAAAAAGUCGUGCUUGGUACCAAGCAAUGCGAAAGGGCCAAGUUCACCGUACAAAAUGCUGUCAAAAUCGACCUAUGACCUUUCAUAGCGGAAAAUAGUUUUAAAAAAUGGAAAUAAAUGGUGGAAAAUAGUUCUGCUUGGUACCAAACGGUGAGAAAAGGUCAAGUUUACCACACGAAAUGUUGUCAAAAUCAACCUACAACCUUGCUAGCAAAAAUUAGGUUUAAAAAAAAAAAACGAGAAAAAAAUGGCAGAAAAUGGUCCUUCGUGGUCCCAAAUGAUGCGGAAGGUUCAUGUUUACCAUACGAAAUGACGUCAAAGAUGACCUACGACCUUACUAGCGAAAAUGUGGUCCCAAAAACCGGGAAAAACUGGUCGAUAAAAGUCGUGCUUGGGACCAAACGAUGCGGAACGUAUAUGUUUACCUACAAACUGUCGUCAUAAUCAACGUAUGACCUUCCUAGCGGAAGUUAGGUACAAAAAGCUGGGAAAAAAUGUCGACGGCCUACGACCUUACUAGUCGAAGUUAGGUCCCCCCCCCCAAAAAAACUGAAAAAAAUGACGGGAAAAAGUCGUGCUAGAUACCAAACAUGCGGAACGUUUACCAUACAAAAUGUCGUCAUAAUGACCUACGACCUUUCUAGCGGAAGUUACGGUGGUAUGAAAAAGUAUCUGAACCUUUUAGAAUUUCUCACAUUUCUGCAUAAAAUCGCCAUCAAAUGUGAUUUGGUCUUUGUCGAAAUCACACAGAUGUAAAAACAGUGUCUGCUUUAACUAAAACCACCCAAACAUUUAUAGGUUUUCAUAUUUUACCAUACAAAAUGUCGUCAUAGUCAACCUACGACCUUCUUCGUGGAAAAAAACUGGGGGGAAAAUGUGCUUGGUACCAAACAAUGCGGAAGGGUCAGGUUUACUGUACAAAAUGGCGUCUUAAUCCACCUACGCUCUUCCUAUCAGAGGUUAUUGAAACUUGAGUAGUCCUACGCAAACCCCACCUUUACCCAUAUACCUAAACCUAACCCGACACAGGUAAGGACUGUUUGUUCCAAAAUUUUGAAUCGGAUUAUCAAUCGGCAUGAACCACUCCUCUCGUUCGGAAUAGAAUCGAGAAUAGGAUCACGUUGAAAGAUUCCAAAUGAAUUGUGUACAUGAAGCAGUUUUAUUCCGGUCAGGUUUAUAAUCCGAAUUAAGUGUCCAUGUAAACGUACCCAUUUGAACUCUUUCACAAAUGUAGAAACACUAAUUCAUUCACAUUAAACGUACGUCUGUUUGUGUUGUUUGUAAUAACGACUGAUAAUUUAAAUGGAAUAUCUCGGCCUAUGCAGAUUUUUUGUUUUUUUUUUAGAUGAAUUUGAAACUUUUCGGUUGCGCUUUGUUGUGAGUUUGGACAGCACUUUUGUUUAAUUGUUGUUUAUUUUUUAGCUGUCUGUUUUACUAUUGCUAAGAAAUGUAAUCCUUGAAACUGUAUUUGACACUUGUAAAAAAAAAAAAAAAUCUUUUUCAUCGAUUGGCUUUGGUUUCUGUUAUCUGACAAGCACAACAGCAGCAAUCUCCACUGAUUCUUUUUUUUAUUAUUAAUAAUAACAAUUUUGUUUGGCGUUUUUACCGCUUGCAGAUUUUUUUAGGCAAAACUUUGGAACUGUAUUAAAAGACAAAAAAAUGGGAAAAACAAAACUUUCACUGUAAGGAUAUUUUGUAAAUACUGUUUACAAGACCUAUGUGUUUAUUAGAACCACGUUAUUUUUGGUAAACUCUUGUACAUAUCUUGGAAUUUUCCUGUUUGUGUGAAAUGACAAAAAAAUCAAACAAAAAAACAAAACAAAAAAACCAUGACAAACAAUACUGAUGUAUUUGUACCUAUUUUAUAAAGGAAUAAAUAAGCUGUUUACUAAACUGACAAGUUGUUGACUUUUGUCUGUUUCUGUCUGUUUUUGUCAUUGGCGAAUCACUGCCAGGUCAAAAUGAAUUGGAUGCCUAGCGCUGUCAAUGGCACUAAAAGAUGAGCGUUCAUAAGCUGUACUCCCAAUUAUUGCUGAAACGAUUAAUCGAUUAUCUUGAGUAAUUCGAUUGGAAAAAAAGCUUUGAAUCAAAUUUAGCUGCUUCAAGGAUUCGUUUAGUUAGUGUGG